AGAAAUGACACAAGAUGUUAUUCAAAAACAUAGAGAUUAUCAGAAGAAAUUACGUCACCGUAUUUUUCAUUCCAAGCAUGAAGAAAGACGUUCUAGCCAAACAAGAGAAUCGAGUGUAACUCAACGCUUAACCAUGAUAAAUAUAACGCCUACGGCACCAUUCUGGCAUUACUGGAUGCUCCUUCGUGUUAUAGUUGUGUGUAUUUCAAUUAUCACUAGGUCUAUACAAGGUGGCAUUGGAGCUUACUGGAGGUGGCCAUUGAUGAUUGCAGGAUCAUUUUGCGACAGCAUCGGAUUGAUUGAUAUUGUUUUAAAGCUAUUUGUAAGUUAUUGUCUAUAAUUAUAACCAAAUUAUGGGUCAAAAAACUGAUGACAGUCCCUACUUCGUCCGAUAUCAUUAAGGAUAAAUAUCCAGUCCAAGUAACGUAUCUGGCCUGGUAUAUGCUCCACCAAAUGUAAGCUUAA